AUGUUACAGAGGGAGUCCCAGAGCCAAGAGAGUGUAAAAAUACAGCUGAAAACUACUACUGAAGAAAUGGAAGCUGCUAACCACCUGCAGGAGGAGAAACUGAGGGAGGCUAGCCGAAAUGAGCAUCGGAAAAAGAUGGUCCACAGUCAUGAGGAAGUAAUUCUAGAACUAUGUGGUAUCCUAAUGUAUUACGAAGACAGUACAGGCAAGAAACUCUAUGAGCAUGGGAACAUUACCAGCUUGCAAUCCACAUGCACAGCGUUUCUUGUCAGCCUGCAGGAUUUAGACUCAGAGGUGUCAUAUCUCAAAUAAAAGGUGGUUCUGGUGGAAGAAGAACUGGAGUCGUUGAAAAAAGAUUCAAAGACCCAAAAAGAACUUCUGCUUCAGCAACAUCAAUCCAGGCUUGAGCAACUAAUAAAUGAACAUGAACAGGAGGUGGCAGCACUAACUGCUAAAGCUAAGAGUGCACGCAGCUGUGCAAAUAGUAUCCAAAGCCAGAUGGAGAACAUAGUUCCACAGAGAAUUUCUGCAUACUGUUGGAAAGAACUUCAUACAAUCCUACCACAGAAUCUCUGCCAUUUCACAAACAACAGCAUUUUAUGUGUGGAGGAUCUUGAGAAGCAGUUGCACCUAGCUCAUUCUAAGGUAGCAAAAGUUCAGAACGAAUGGGAUCAAUACAACCAAGAAUGUGGAAAUCUGAAUGACCAGAUUCAUCAGUUGUUGACUGAACUUCAUGGAAAAGAGAUAGAACUAAGUCUAGAAAAGGAGCAGAAGAAGAGAUUUUGGGAUCAGAACACUGACAACAGCAUGACGAUUGAUGAUCUAAGGACAGAACUAGACAAGAAGAAAAUGGAGUUGCAGCUCAUGAAAAACAUGGUGAAGGAAAUGAUUGAACGUGAGGGACAAAUGGAGCGACAGAGGGCUGCAGUUAAGGAAAAAAAUGAAACCAUUGUAAGAAUCUCCUCCUUGACUUUACAACUGGAGUCAACCAAGGAAAGACUCUGUAAAACUAAAGAAGAUCUUAGAGCCAAACAGAUGGAUUUGGAGACUGCUGAGAGAACAGUGUCGAAUCUUAUGGCAUGUCUGAAGGAGAAGGAAAUGGCCCUCGAGGUUAAGAAAAUCAAGAAGCUGCAUUCACAUGUUGGCAGUAAGAUGCAGGAGCCUGAGCAUCUAAAGAACAAAGAAGGCCGUUUACACGAUGUGCAUUCAGAGUGUGAAAUGCUGAAGCUGCAGGUGGUAGAGAAGGAAAGGAUUAUUGGGAUCUUGCAAAAGCAAAUUGGUAUCAUGAUCCAGGUUGUAGACCAGCAGUACCAAACUGCUGGAGCAAUGGAAGUCGAGAAGUCACAGCUUUUAAAAGAAAUUGGUGACUGGAAACUUCAAGUGCAAGAACAUAAGAUUGCAAAGGAGAAGGAAGAAGUGAGAAUACACAAGUUGGAGGCCACACUGAGCAAGCUGGAAUUGGAAAAGGUUAAGGUGGUAAACACAUGCACUGAGAGACUCCAUGCAAUUAAUGAUAUGAAACUGGAAAAAGACCAACUAAUGAGCAAACUGAAAGCCAUUGGGAUUGAACUAUCUGGCCUUGCAGAGGGAUUUGAAGAUUUGAAGAGGGAUUGCCAGGAUAAAGUCAAGGAAAUGGAAAAUAAUGCAAACAGACUGCAAAUGCAGUUGAGAUCUUCUCAAGACCAACUGGAACAGACCAGGAACGCUCUAAAGACUGUAGUGGGAUCUGAUGGCCAUGCUAUGAAGGUUGCAGUGGGAAAGCAAAGGGAGAUCAUUGCCAAGAGAGGACAGAUAGAUGCAUUGCAGAGCAAGAUUAAGUUAUUGGAAAAAGCAAUGGCAAAUGCAGAUAAGGAAAUGCAUUACCUCAGAGAAGAGAAUAGUAAACUAAGUCAAGAACUGAGCUGUAUCACAACAGAAAAUACCAAGAUUGCUGGGGAACUAGAGAUCCUGAGAUCACAAGAAAAAUGUCUCAAAGAAAAACUAUCUAGGAUGGAGACAGCCCUUGAUAAGAGCAGCACAACCUUCCUCUUUAGUGUGGAAACGUUACAGAGAGAAAGCCAAGCUAUGUCAUCAAUGAUCAGAACGCAGGAAAUGAAGAGAGAGAAAGCAAAGGAAAAGGAGAAGAAGCUGUCAAAGUGAAGACUUGUGUGCAUUAGUGGUUACUUUCACAUAUUUAUGUUGUGUUUAAAAUAAACUGUGAUAAUAAGGGUUCUCAUAGUUUUGCAAUUCUUGCCUUGAACCAGGACAUUCUUUACAAGUUUUUACUUUUAAAAGAAUGGGAAUUACAGAGGAGUAAACACAUCCAAAUAAUAUCUAAAUACAGACUUUCACUGGCACACAUUGUCAGUAGCUAUGUGCUGUGGGUGACACUGGCUACAGGGCAUUGCUGAUUGCUUCAGGUUCCAGUAAGGGCUUUUUUCCAUGUGUUCUGGAUCUCGCACAUAAUCUCAGGUCCUUCUUUUAGAAAUUUAGUUUUGAAAUGAAGUGUAUUCCACAUUCUAAAAGA